AUUGGUGGUCAGUGGGAAGAAUGCUCUUUACAAUGAUGGUCAGUGGAAAGAAUGUUCCUUACAUUGGUGGUCAGUGGAGAAGAAUGCUCCUUACAUUGAUGGUCACUGGAAAGAAUUCUUCUUACACUGGUGAUCAGUGGAAAGAAUGCCCCUUACAUUGGUGGUCAGUGGGUAGAAUGCUCCUUACAUUGGUAAUCAGUGGGAAGAAUGCCUUUGAUUGGUGGUCAUUAAGAAGAAUGUUCUUUAUACUGGUGGUCAGUGGAAAGAAUGUCCCUUACAUUGGUGGUCAGUGGAAACAGUGCUCCUUACAUUGGAGGUCAGUGGGGAGAAUGUGCCUUAUACUGGUCUGGGGGAAAAAUGCUCCUUACAUUGGGGGUCAGUGGGGAGAAUGCACCUUACAAUGGAGGUCAGUGGGGAGAAUGCGCCUUACAUUGGAG